UGUGUAUCUGUCCCUUGUUGUUUCGAGUGUCGAAGAGGAAAAGCGAUGGCAUUGACGGUGGCGAAGAGUGCGUUGGAGACGAUUAGAGAGAAAGGUCUCGGCGGUUUCCUCAGGAUGAUCCGUGAAGAAGGCUUCCUGAGAUGCCUACCAGAUGGGAACCUCUUGCAAACUAAAAUACACAACAUAGGAGCAACUCUUGUUGGUGUGGACAAGUUCGGUAACAAAUACUACCAGAAGCUCGGUGAUACUCAAUACGGUAGACACAGAUGGGUAGAAUACGCAUCCAAGGAUCGUUACAACGCAUCUCAAGUACCAGCCGAGUGGCACGGAUGGCUUCAUUUCAUCACUGAUCACACUGGAGAUGAGCUGUUGAGUCAGAAACCAAAGAGGUAUGGGAUUGAGCAUAGAGAAAACUUCUCAGGAGAAGGUGAUGCAUACAUUUACCAUUCUAAAGGACAUACCUUGAACCCGGGGCAAAAGAACUGGACUCGGUACCAACCAUGGGUACCCACCAAGACCAAGUAAGAACGUGAGAGCUCUGGUUUAUGCUCUUUGGGAAUCUCUCUGAGUGAUUUGUUGUUCUGUUUCUGUCUCUUUUGAAUAAAAGCAACCUGUUUUUUUGGAUCUAAAGCUGAAAAAUUGGGUUUAUGGUAAUAUGUAUAAUUGACGUUCUGUGGUUUCAUCUCAUAUUUGCUUGCUUAAGCUUUACU